AAACACAACAUUUUUUUGAAUAGAUUUUAUAGUUAAUACAACGAGGAAGACAAAAUAAUGGCCAUCACAAAGACUUCAGCAACGUUUGUACUCUUAAUAAUAUUGGCUGCUUCGUUGUCCAAUUUCAACGUCUUGGCAUCAGAUAUCAAACCUACCGGGAGAAUUGAUAAUCAAUGCAAGCGGAUGUGUUCGGCAACGUAUGGGAACGGUAAAUGUGCCGCAGACUGUAGAAGUGAUGGUUUCUCAUCCGGACAAUGUUUUACUUCUCCACCUUUCGACAAUAGAUGUUGUUGCAACAAUUGAUCGAAAUCGAUCUUGUUUUUGCAUUGAUCUAUGUUUUCUUUUUUUCUGUUGUUGACUUGCCAUAAUACGCAA